AUUGUAAUUAUUUAAUCAUUUGACGUUUGUGUUGUAAAUUAAAAUUUGAUUUUGAAUUACAACUACAAGUAUUUUAGAUUUAUUUAAUCAUUAGGUGAUAUUUUAUCAAAACACGUUUGAUUUACUGUAACAAUAAAAAAUAUUCAUUAUGGCUCAAGAACUAAAAGAUUUGUGUCAGCUUUUAUUUCCAGACUCUACUACAGAAAAUGCAGAAUACUUUAGUGAUAUUACAGACUUUAUAAAAAAAUUAGGGUCACAAAAUUGGGAACAUGUAAGACAAGAGCCAGAACGAUUGAGUGAAGAUAUGAAACAUCUGACUGAGCAAACACAAGAUUUAGCAUUUACAAAUUACAAAACUUUUGUUGAAACGGCUGACAUAUCUAAAGCUAUAAUGAAGGAUUUAGGAAAAUCUAAGGACUCUGUAGCUAGUUUUCUAGAAAACACCCCAGACUUUGUAUCACAAUGUGAGAGCUUUUCACAAGUAGCCAGUGGGAUUGUUCAGGAAAAAAGGCGAUACAAUACUAUACGAAACCAAAGUGACAAAUUGUUGGAGCUGCUAGAGUUGCCCUCUUUGAUGCGUGAAGCCCUCAAUGCAGAUGACUAUGAGAGUGCACUGGACAUCUUUGCCUUCAUUCGUAAUUUAUCAAAGAGAUACUCAGAAAUACCCAUUGUAGAUAGCACAACAAGUGAAAUAAUGACAUUGUGGUAUGAAACACUCUAUCAUCUCUUCAAUCAACUGCACUAUGAUUUGCCUUUACCUCAAUGUUUACAGAUUUUAGGAUAUCUCCGAAGAGCCAAUACUGUAUUUAAAUCUACUGAUGACGAUGAGCAUAGUAGGUUACAAUCAAUUGGUAAUAGAAACAGUGUUACAUCAGAUGGUUUGCACUUGCAUUUCCUUAAAGCUAGGAAUGCUUGGUUUGAAAAAGCACUUGAGGAUGCCAGAAAUUCUGAAGCACCAGAGAAAUUGUUACGUAAAAUAGUGGAAUUGCACAGAAUUCAUUUAUUCAAUGUAAUAACACAACACAAAUCAAUAUUCUUGUCUGAUGCACAAGAAUCCAAAGUCAGGGAUAAUGAAUUGAGUGGAACCAGUGCUUUGUCUUGCUGGCUCAAAUUAAAGGUGGAAAGCUUAGCUCACAUACUGGACCAAGAUAUAUGGAGAGAGGAUGAAUCCAGUUUUGAAUCCAUAAUGAAUCAGUGCAUGUAUCUCUGCCUAUCCUUUGGCAGAGUUGGUGCCGACCUGAGAUGUGUGCUCACGCCCUUAUUUCGCAAUAAUGUUUUGAUGCAGUUCAACAGUGGCAUGGACAAAGUUGACAAUCAAUUCGAAAACCAGAUGAAGUCUUACAAAGUCCCCAGUAUAAAGAAUGUGUCAAGGCCCAUUAACGAAAAUAUGGCCUCAGGCCCGCCAGAAAACUUGUUGGACUAUUACCCUUUAGCAGAGUAUUGUAAUGGAAUGUUGACAGUACUAAAUUCCUUGCGAGUUACAGCACCUUUGAAUAUUGUCAAGGAUGUUUAUAAAGGAUUCAAAAAGUCAUUUGAUAAAGCUGCACAGAUUUUGAUAACAUUCUACCAUAGAGAGCAACAAGCUUUUACUGAUAUUGAGAAGCAGAAUUUCGUGUCUCUGUGCGUCUGUUUCGCGGAAGACUUGGUGCCUUACAUUGCUAAAUGUUUAACACAAUCAUUUCCUCCUACACAAGUUGCCGAAUUAUUGGGGAUAACACUGACUGUGUUACAAGAAAGUAAAAUAUUGUAUUUGGAUCAAAUUGAAAUAUGUACACCUCUUAACAGUGUUACUGGACUUGUUAUGGCUUAGUAACUAAUAAUAUGUAAAUAAUAUGUAAAAGAAAUUAUAUAUAUUAAUAUUAUGAAUUCAUAUAAAUAAAAAAUACAAGUGUAAGGAAUACAAAA